CACAACCUUUGUCUCUUAGCGGCGCUGAUGGAACCCCUCGGCGGUGAAGCUCGUGGACCAGCGCGAUGCAGACGAGGCAGCAGACGAUGGUUCAGGCGGCUGCUGGCGCCCCAAAUCCAGGCGAAACUCGGGCUACUCAGAGAAACGCUGUGGGAGACAACUUCGACGAGGAGUCUCGCAGCUUGGUGAUCAGCGCGGCGAAGUCGGCCGUGGGCUCGGCUCUCAUGUCGCGCCGUGCCCAGGACACUCUUACCUUAGUGGCGUUGUUGAAGGCAGGCCACAUCCAGCUCGACGCGAUGCAAGAUGCAGGAGUACGUUUCGAGGAGGCUAUUCAGCAGUACGAUGCGACGUGCAACCAGGAGGAACUGCCCAGGCUGAAGUGGGCACACUUGCACGUGUGGACCGGGUUGCGCUUGCCGAUCCUCAACGGCGAGGCGGUUCCCGCAGACGCGAAGGCCAGCAUGCCGCCCCGCAGCGCCCGCAGCGUCCCGAUCUCGAGGAUAAGGUGAUCGUGUGCCACCCGAAGAAGUGCUUCGCCAACAGAACUGGCGCGACGACAUGUACCGUAUCCGGCUUCUCACGACCCCGAACUUUAGGACGGAGGAUAUCUACGCGUGUCUUUUGCGGGCGGAGGGGAGAACAAAACAGGGCGGCUGUCCGCCAAAGAGUCCGAAC